UUUAGCCCAGCAUGUGUAAGUAACUGGAUCCUGCUGUGAUUUCACCCUACUUGGUUUUUCUACUGAGCUGGCUAGCCUUGAAUUCACACCAUCGUCUCUGCCAUAGACAUGCAGUGUUUCUAAAUCAGCAGUGCUGUCUUUCUGCAGCUUUUUCACAGUGACUUCUAUGGCAACUAAACGGCCUGUGCUUUGGACAGCUACAUUGCAGCCGUGUAUGAGCACUCAGUUAUAUUGUCAGAGGACACCAAAAUACCUGUUUCUCCUGAAGAUGCUUUGAUGCUGAUGAACAAAAAUAUGGAUGUUUUGGAAGGGGCCAUCAAAGCAGCAGCCCUGCAGGGUGCACGUAUUAUUGUAACUCCUGAAGAUGGUAUUUAUGGCUGGGUUUUCACAAGAGAAACCAUUUACCCCUAUCUUGAGGACAUCCCAGAUCCACAGGUGAACUGGAUUCCAUGUACUGACCCUGACAGAUUUGCUCCUGCACCAGUGCAGGAAAGACUCAGCUGCAUGGCAAGGAGCAAUGCGAUCUAUGUGGUUGCCAAUAUUGGGGACAAGAAGCCAUGUAAUUCCAGUGAUCCCAAGUGCCCCAGCGAUGGUCACUAUCAGUAUAAUACUGAUGUUGUCUUUGAUUCAGAAGGGAAAUUGGUGGCACGCUACCAUAAGUACAACCUCUUUGUGACAGAAACUCAGUUUGAUUACCCUAAGGAGCCAGAGUUUGUCACUUUCAAUACAUCCUUUGGAAAGUUUGGCAUUUUCACUUGUGCUGACAUACUUUUCCAUGAUCCUGCUGUGGUCCUGGUGAGCAAGUUACAAGUGGAUACUGUGCUGUUCCCAACAGCUUGGGUGAAUACUCUACCACUUUUGUCUGCUAGUCAGUUCCACUCUGCAUGGGCUAUGGGAAUGGGCAUCAAUUUUCUUUCAGCAAAUACACGCAACUCCAGUUUAGAUAUGACAGGGAGUGGCAUCUAUGCACCAAAUGGACCCAGGGCAUUUAAUUACAAUACAGAAACAGAGAAUGGUCACCUCCUGGUUGCAGAGCUGAGUUCACACCCUCGUCUUUCUCCCACUUACCCUAUUGCUGUCAACUGGAGCUCAUAUGCCACAAGCAUCAAACGAUUCUCACCAGAUGACCGUAAUUUUAGCGGAGUCAUUUACUUUGAUAAGUUCACCUUCACUGAACUCACUAAGCCUGAAGGAAAUCGUACAGUUUGCCAGAAAGACCUUUGCUGUCAUUUGAGCUACAGGAUGGUGGAGAAGCAAGAAGAUGAAAUAUAUGUGCUAGGUGCUUUUGAUGGCCUUCAUGUUGUUGAAGGAGAAUACUAUUUGCAGAUAUGCACACUACUGAAGUGUAAAAGCACAGACUUGAAAACCUGUGGGGAGCCAGUGGCCACUGCUCACACCAGCUUUGACACAUUCUCUCUCAGUGGCACAUUUGGCACUAGCUACAUCUUUCCAGAAGUCUUGCUCACUGGGGUUCAGCUGGCGCCUGGUGAAUUUCAGGUAUUAAGUGAUGGACGUCUGAUAAACCAGAAUGGCACUUCUAAAGCAGUCCUGUCAGUGACACUCUUUGGAAGGUGGUAUGAAAAGGACCCCCAACACCCACAACAGGCUUUCCCAUGAUGUGGCUAUUGAUGCUUUUCUCAGAAUAGGAACGUCCUGUGAUGUUAAUCUGUGUUAACUACAGUCAUUAUCUAGUAUCUUAUUUUUCAUAUUCUGCAAUCUAAAUAUAGUCUGUCUAGUUAGUGCACGUUACAUUAUUGACAUGAUUCCAUUACAAAACCAAUUAAUUGGACAGCAGCUCUGCAUCUUUAUUAACUGUUAGCCUCUGCUUGCUACCGGCUUGAUUUUGCUGCCGUUCAAACUCAUAGAAAAACUUCCACUAACUUUAAUAUGGCGGGAUCCAGCUCUUUAUCAGCAGAUAUUGGCCUGAGCAACAAAACUCACUUUAGAACCUGGAAUUUUAUCCCCUUAAAACUUCUACUUUAGGAGUUGGGGUAAAGGUCACCUCUGGGAUUUUGUUCAGGCCCACAUCUAAACAAAACUGUUGAUAAAUCAGAGAUUCAUGUAAACUAUUCAUUAGAUCCAUUCUUCUGAGUUGUCAAUCCAAUACCUUCCAUGAGUACUGUAACACUGCUCUACAGCCAAAAUGCUUCUGAAAUAAAUGUAGUCAAACUUUACUAAUUCUGGGUCACUGAGAAUGAAAAUGAUGCUUAAAAUCGUUGAUUGGCUCUAGUUUUCAAGAUAUGCUAUUGGGUCAGUAUAUACGACCCUUGACUUGGGAAUGGCGGAGGAUAAGUGAGUUAUAAAGGGAAGGGAUCUCAAUUUAAACCAGAAAUGACUAAAAUACAUCUUUGACUGGAUCUAUGAAUAAAUCUAUGACUGGGUUUGGACAGUACUUGCUUUUUAGGCAAAACAAUGAAUGAUGCAAUCUGAAGCUGGUAUUGCAUCAUACAUGAUAUGAAUUGCAUCAUGUUAUUCCUAGAAGUCAUGGAUGAUGCAAUCAUAACGAAGCUUACAUCACUCUGCUGAACAAAUUGCCCUAUAUCAACUCUAGAAAUCAUACAGUGUCGUGCUCUCUUAUUUGCCAGUGUUUGAUUUUGCAAGGGGACACAUUUCUGUUUAGCCAAAGUGAGCAGAGAUGCCUCGUACUUGUGUGAACAGUGCAGAUAACUUCUGCUAUGUUUGUGGUGAAGUGACUUUUGCAUCACAAAAGCGCAGUAUAACCACUAUGGUUAAGAAAGCCUAUCACCUUUAUUUUGGCUGCAAAAUUGGAGCUCAGGACAAGAGGUGGGCCCCACACAUAUGCUGCAACACUUGUGCAACAAAUCUUCGCUAGUGGUUGAACAGGAAAAGGAAAUCUAUGCCUUUUGCAGUGCCAAUGAUUUGGAGAGAGCCAACAGAUCAUAACAGCAAUUCUUACUUCUGCAUGGUGCCUCCAGUUGGGAAAGGUGUGUCAAAGAAGAAAGAGUGGACUGUGCAUUAUCCAAACAUUCCAUCAGCUAUACUCCCAGUACCCCACGGAGAAGGACUGCCAGUUCCUGAUGCACCAGAAUCAUUCUCACUUGAGUCAGACGAGGAAGAGGAUGAAACUUCUGGUCCUGAACCAUCAAUGUCACAGGACCCACAUUUUCUCCCAUCCUCCUCCUCUGAACCACACCUCCUAACACAAGGUGAACUGAAUGACCUUGUCAGGGAUUUGGAACUACCCAAGAGUAAGGCAGAGCUGUUGGGCUCCAGACUACAGCAGUGGAAUCACCUGGCAGGUGAUGUUAGGGUUUCCAUGUUCUGUGACCGUCAAAAGGAUCUUGUCCCAUUCUUCUUCAUGGAAGGUGAUCUUGUAGCCUGCAACAACAUCGAUGGUGUGAUGGCAGCCCUCAACAUCGUUCACAAUCCAGAUGAGUGGAGACUGUUCAUUGAUUCAUCGAAGACGAGUCUUAAAGCUGUUUUACUGCAUAAUGGCAAUGUUUUGCCAUCAAUUCCAGUUGGUCAUGCAGUCCAUAUGAAGGAAACCUAUGACAACAUGAAACAACGUUUGAGGUGCAUAAACUAUGACCAACAUCAGUGGCAGCUUUGUGGCGAUUUGAAGGUUGUUGCUCUCUUGCUUGGUCUGCAGACUGGAUACACAAAGUACUACUGUUUUCUCUGCGAAUGGGAUAGUCGUGCAAGAGAUUCCCACUACAUCAAGAAAGAUUGGCCACUCCGACAGUCAUUGGAGCCUGGGAGGAAAAGUGUUCAGCAUCCACCACUUGUUGAAUCAAGGAAGAUUUUGUUACCACACUUCUGAUGAAGAACUUUGUCAAGGCCAUUGACAAAACACAAGCAGCUUUCAAGUACCUCCGUGGAAAAUUUCCAAGGUUAAGUGAAGCUAAGAUAAAGGAAGGUGUCUUUGUUGGUCCUCAGAUUCGUGAACUUCUUCGAGAUGAUGCAUUUGACCAUGCACUGCGUGGCAAGGAAAAGAUGGCAUGGAAAGCCUUCCAGUUAGUGGAAAUAAAUUUUCUCGGAAACAACAAGGCAGACAACUACAGGUUGUUGGUGGAAAACCUCCUCAAGGCAUACAAAAGCCUUGGUUGCAACAUGUCACUAAAGAUACAUUUUUUGCACUCUCAUCUAGAUUUUUUUCCACUGAACUGCGGAGCAGUGAGCGACAAGCACGGCGAGUGAUUUCACCGGACAUAGCAUUUCUCCAUUGUUGCAAUCAGGGCAAAUGAAACCCAUUAAUGCUUGCAGACUAUUUCUGGACAGUGACAAGAGAUGCUCCAUUUAAUGAAUACAAGAGACAAGCCAAGAAGCGUCGUGUAGACACUGAAUAGGACUAAACUAUGUACAUAAUAGUUUUUUGCCUUUUGUUUCAUAAUAAAUUUUAUUUAUAUAACCCUUUUGCUGAUUUUUAAAGUGUUACAUAAACAGGACAGGUGAAAUAUUAUCAUGUAAAGCAACCAUAAACACAUGAAAAGACCUAGGUUUACAAUUUAUGAUUAAAACUCUACUAUCUACACAAUAUACAUAGACAUAAAAUGUAAAAACUUAAAUAUCUUAGAAACAGUAGCCAAUCAGUUGUUUAAUUGUCAUAUUUGAAUUCAGCACAUCAAAAUACAUAAUAAAUAACACAUUUUAUUUCUGAAGCAGAUGACUUCUCAAAAAUUGUAGACCAGUGUAAUUAUUUUGAAAAAGAGAAAAAAUUGAAAUCCUUCAAUUAGAUAAUGUCGUUACAUUUUCAAAUAAACAUUCCUUUUAAUAGACUAUCCCAUCACACCAAAUUAUAGUUUCAAAUGAUUCUGUUUUCCAUAUACAAUGCAUUUUCCCUGAGCAUUGUACAUUGAGCAUAUUUUAAGUAUGUGGUAAAUAUGCUUAUUUUUAAAAUGGCAAUACUGUAGUUGUGCUAUAGUUUUCAAACAGCGAUCUGUACCCAUGCAAAAAGUCCUGAAAAUGCCAGGAAAUGUGCAAUAAUGUACAUGCAAGUCUAUGUACCCUCAGUAUUUCUAAUGCACCCAUCACUAUCAAAAUAGCAAUAUAAAAAGGAUUUGGGUGUGUUCUGCUGAAUGUUCUGUGUUUUUUAGGGUCCUACAUAUACUUAACUUGUUUUAGUUGUUCUGUUGUAGUCGGUAUACUCAUGUGUGUAACUUCAUAUGUGUAAGUGUUCACAUGAGUGGGGCCUAUACUUUACUGCAAGUAGGACAUGUGAACUUCCUCUUUCUGGAGUGAUUUAAACGGGGUGUUUGGUUUUUGAUUCGGUUACUUUUCAAAGUGAUUUAAGAUAUCAGUAUCCAUUUUUUUUAUUAUAAUUAACUGCAAUUGUUUAAGAUUAAAAAACCCUGCAUUCAAAUUGUA